AUGUCGCGCUCUUUCUACGUCGACUCUUUAAUCAUUAAGGAUCCAGUGCGACCUCAGCACCCUGCGCAGGACUUCCUCAUCCCCAUCAGCGCGGUGCACUCUCCGGGCGUCAUGACGGUCACAUCCCCAAUGUGUCCCUCCAGGAAGACUGGCACCUUCUGCGUGUGUCCACUGUGCGUCACGACGCACCUACACUCCUCUCGUGGGGGAAUCCCUGUGCUCAAGACGCAGUUCCCAGGAGCUGAGGCGCAGUACUGCCACCGAGUGACCCACCAGAGUCCAGCACUCACGCAUCCCGCGCACACGCCUGUUUGUGCGCCUACCUUCAGCGUCACAGACCCGAGGAGGUACCACUGCCUGACCCUCAGCGCUUCGGAUAAUACACAGAUCCAGAAUGGAAAGAGGAUGCGCACAGCCUUCACCAGCACACAGCUCUUAGAACUGGAGCGGGAGUUCUCCUCAAACAUGUACCUGUCCAGGCUCCGGCGGAUCGAGAUCGCCACGUACUUGAACCUGUCCGAGAAGCAAGUGAAGAUCUGGUUUCAGAACCGCAGAGUCAAGCACAAGAAAGAGGGCAAAUCCACACAGCGGAGCAGCAGCGCGCACAGCGGCUGUAAGUGCGCCACGGGACACCUGACGCCGGACUAUUCCAGGUCAGAGGACGAGGAGUCCAUGUCCCCUGUGUCUGUGACUGAAGACAAGGAGGUUUCCCCCUGCAUCUAA